GCCGUGUGUGAGAGUUUCGCGCAUGCGCAGUGAGAGCGGUUGCUUCAGGCUAACAUGAAGUUGAGUUUGUUAUCGGAUCUUUGAAUUAAAAACAUUACCAUCUGACCGUAUUAUAUCGUUAUUAUCGUUAUAAAUAUUAUAUCGCGGCUGACUUCUAAAAAAGCGUUUAUAAGAAGAAGGAGGGAAGACGAAGCAGAAUGAAUCAGUUUGAAAAUUUGAAGGAGGAAGACAAUGGAGAACACGAGGAGAUGAAGGACAGUAAUGAGAGCGACGGAGGAUCAAUCAACAACAACAACAACAACAUCAGACGCAAGACGGUGACCCCCGGCGCAGGAGAGCACCCGCUGCAGUAUAACUACACGUUCUGGUACUCCCGGAGGACGCCCAGCAGACCGGCAAACACACAGAGCUAUGAGCAGAACAUCAGACAGAUGGGAACGGUGGCCUCGGUGGAGCAGUUCUGGAAGUUCUACAGUCACCUGGUGCGACCCGGAGACCUGACGGGACACAGUGACUUCCACCUCUUCAAAGAGGGAAUCAAACCCAUGUGGGAGGACGAGGCCAAUAAGAACGGAGGGAAGUGGAUCAUCCGUCUGAGGAAGGGCCUAGCGUCUCGGUUCUGGGAGAACAUCAUCCUGGCCAUGCUGGGAGAGCAGUUCAUGGUGGGAGAGGAGAUCUGCGGCGUUGUGGUGUCCAUCCGCUUCCAGGAGGACAUUCUGUCCAUCUGGAAUAAAACGGCCAAUGAUCAGGUGACCACCUCACGGAUACGAGACACACUGCGGCGCGUCCUCAACCUCCCUCCAAACACCAUCAUGGAGUACAAGACACACAACGACAGCCUCAAGGAUAAUUCCAGCUUCCGGAACACCAAGAUCACUUUGUGAAAACCUGGAAAUAAUUUUCAUAUGGACACUUUCCCUUUUACAACACAAGCUGUGUGUGUGUG